UUAAUGGUCAUCACAUAAAUUGUCAAAGUGGAAUUCUUACCAAAACGUCCAAAACAUAAUACAUUACUAGUUGUUCGUAGUGAAAUAAAUAUCUGUGAUAAAAAAUCAAAAUGGCUACAAGAUCUGGUCGAAAAAUAAAAGUUAAUUCAUAUCGGGAGAUGGAAUCCGAUUCAGAAUCAUCUCCAGGGAAAAAACCGGCUAGACCUCUAAGACGAUCUAAUAGAAUUAAAAGUUACAAUGAGAGUGAUUCAGAAACUGAAAAUAUUUCUAUCAAAUCAUCACCAAAACGAAAAAUUAUUUCAAAACAUUUGCGUGAUAAUGAUUCUGAUUCAAGUGAUUCAAUAUUUUUACAAUCACCAUCUAAAAGAAAACCAACAACCAAGACAUCAACUACAACACCUCGUACUCGAAAAAAAUUGGCAGAAAUAACUGAAGACCUAUUACCAUUAAAUAUCAGCUCACCAAAAAAACCAAAAACGAAAACAAUUGAGAAAAUAAAACCAGAGAACACUCCAGUUAAUAGAGUAAAAAAUAUUAAAAGUAUAAUCAAAACUCCAAAUACACCUAAACAAACUCCUAUUCGUAGACGAAUAUCAUUUGUAAUCGAUUCACCACAUCCAAUGAAAAAUCAUUUACAUAAAGAAAAUACUGAAUUAGAUGUGGUUCGAGAAAAAUUACACGUUUCAAAAGUACCUGAAUCUUUACCGUGCCGUGAGAGUGAAUAUUCUGAUAUUUUUAAUUUUGUUUACAGUAAAUUAUCUACAGAUUCUAGCGGGUGUAUGUAUGUAGCAGGAGUACCUGGUACGGGUAAAACAGCUACAGUCACUGAAGUGAUACGAAAUUUACAAAAUUUGGGCACAAUUGAUCAUGGUGAUAUUCCAGUUUUUGAUUAUGUAAACAUUAAUGGUAUGCGAUUAACAGAACCCAGACAAGCUUACGUGGAGAUUUAUAAACAACUCACAAAUAAAAGAUUGGUUUGGGAUCAAGCUUAUGAAUGCCUUAAAAAGAAAAUAUUCGGUGAUGGUAAACGAAAACGACCAAUAGUGUUAUUAGUCGAUGAGUUGGAUAUCAUUCAUACGAAACGCCAAGACGUAGUUUAUAAUAUUUUAGACUGGCCAAGCAAAUUAAAUUCAAAAAUAAUUAUAAUUGCUAUUUCAAAUACCAUGGAUUUACCUGAACGACUUUUAAUGGGUCGUGUAGCUAGUCGUUUAGGUCUAACUCGCUUACCAUUCCAACCAUAUAAUUUUAAACAAUUAGAACAAAUUGUCGCAACCCGUUUAGAUGGAAUAAAUAUUUUUCAAAGCGAAGCAAUUCAACUUGUUGCAAGAAAAGUUGCGGCUGUUUCUGGAGAUGCACGACGUGCUUUAGAUAUUUGUCGUCGAGCUGCUGAAAUAGCUGCCCAUCAAGAAACAACAAACCAAACAGAAAUUCGUGUUACUUUAAAACAUGUGAAUGAAGCAUUAAAUGAAAUGAUAAACUCCGAUCAAAUAAAAUUAAUAAAAAGUUUAACGAAAAUUGAAAAAUUAUUUUUACAAUCAAUUAUUGCUGAGGUAACGCGAAUCGGUGUAGAAGAAACAUCAUAUCAAAAUGUUUUAAAACAAUUCUAUACGUUAUGCACACUUGAAGGAAUCACAAAACCUGCAUGUACAAUAUUAACAACUGUUGCACAAUAUUUAGCUAAACAAAAAAUGAUUGUUAUUGAGAAAUCAAAACAUCAUGUUAUUGAACAAAUGUAUUUGAAUGUUUGCCAAGAUGAUGUACAAUUUGCUUUGAAUGAUAUGAUUUAA